CCCCACAGGGCGCUGGUACCUGCGUGAGGGCUGGCUGCGUACCGUCCCCCCUAAAGGAGCAGAGGUCAAACCCAAGAUGUUCUUCCUGUUUAGUGAUGUCCUUCUCCAAGCCAAGCCCUGCCACCCUCUCCAUCCCACCAACGGAGAUAAGUUUGCUGGCCAGAGAGUCUACCCACUGAAGGACUGUACUGUGGACAAGGUGUUUGGGCACACCCAGAGCCAGGGCGGCCUUCUCAGUUUGACCUUCCCUAAAGCCAAGCUGCUGCUGAUGUCCAGCGAUCAGGAAGAUAUCAACGACUGGUAUUACAGCCUGAGCUCUGCUGUAGGUCAGUUAAAGUCCAGGAACACAGUGGUCCAUCAGAGAGAUGAUCUGGUCAGGAGACCUCUACGCUGCUUUGUAGAGGACCAGAAGAACCAAACUACCACCUCCACACCACCAACCACCCCAGGGAGGAAGAGGAUGGCCCCCCCUCCACCCCAGACCCCCUCCAGACCUACCGCUCCAGCAGAAGCAGAGGGCAGCGCCUCCAAGAGGAUGAAGCUGACUGGGGGGCCAGCUGAGAGUGAACCGGCCAGGUCAAGCUGUGUGAUCCUGUGAAGGACCAAGAACUUCAGAGAUCCUUGCUCUUUCACACAAACCAAUCAAGUCUGACAGAUGAAUGGGGGGGGGGUAUGAGGAGAGAUGGGGGGGUAGUUAGAUACUGGAGAAUCAGGUUAAUUUGAGAGAUGGGGGUAGUUAGAUACUGGAGAAUCAGGUUAAUUUGAGAGAUGGGGGGUAGCUAGAUACUGGAGAAUCAGGUUAAUUUGAGAGAUGGGGGGUAGCUAGAUACUGGAGAAUCAGGUUAAUGGGGGAGGUAGUUAGAUACUGGAGAAUCAGGUUAAUGGGAGAGAUGGGGGGUAGCUAGAUACUGGAGAAUCAGGUUAAUUUGAGAGAUGGGGGGUAGCUAGAUACUGGAGAAUCAGGUUAAUGGGGGAGGUAGUUAGAUACUGGAGAAUCGGGUUAAUGGGGAGAUGGGGGGGUAGUUAGAUACUGGAGAAUCAGGUUAAUGGGGAGGUAGUUAGAUACUGGAGAAUCAGGUUAAUGGUGGGGUAGUUAGAUACUGGAGAAUCAUGUUAAUGGUGAGGUAGUUAGAUACUGGAGAAUCAGGUUAAUGGUGAGGUAGUUAGAUACUGGAGAAUCAGGUUAAUGGUGAGGUAGUUAGAUACUGGAGAAUCAGGUUAACGAGGGGGGUAUGAGGAGAGAUGGGAGCUAGUUAGAAGAUAUGAAAUGUGAAGAUUUUAACACUGAUGCCAAAGACACACUUUGAAACACCUUCACGAUAGAAGCUCAAGGAGAUGGAAAAUGUGAGAUUUGACUCCGAAAGAAAUGAAUGUUUUGUCCUGAAUAGAAUGUUUCCAUUUAUAUGGCAGAGCAAAAGAUCAGCAGGAGAAUAGUGUAUAACUAGAUUGGGAAUCAAAACUGUCCCCUGGGAUAUUUUGGCAGCACAAUACCAUGUCCUCUGAAUGUUAAAUCGUGAUUUUUACUGUCUAUUUACAUUUAAUUCAUACAAGAGCUGAAAUAAUAGUAACAUAUCAUGCUUGUCUCUAUGGUAAUAAACAGUAUAUUAUAAUAUCAUGCUUGUCUCUAUGGUAAUAUACAGUAUAUUAUAAUAUUAGUUACAUGUUUGUCUCUAUGGUAUUAUACAGUAUAUUAUAAUAUUAGUAACAUUUCAUGCCUGUCUCUAUGGUAAUAUACAGUAUAAUAGAAUGCUUGUCUCUAUGGUAAUAAACAGUAUAUUAUAAUAUCAUGCUUGUCUCUAUGGUAAUAUACAGUAUAUUAUAAUAUUAGUUACAUGUUUGUCUCUAUGGUAUUAUACAGUAUAUAAUAUUAGUAACAUUUCAUGCCUGUCUCUAUGGUAAUAUACAGUAUAAUAGAAUGCUUGUCUCUAUGGUAAUAAACAGUAUAUUAUAAUA